AGGAGCAUCACUACUAUCACUACUGUUACACAUCCUGCAGUUCGUAUAAUACAACCCAGCGAGCCAACACGCACGAACACAUUCAAGCCAACACCAAUGGCGGAUCUACAAUCUCCACCACCGCCACCGCCACCGCCACCACUGCCGCCUCGGUCUACCGCCGACUUCUUCGGGGACCCGAUCGACUCCCACCCAAUGUGGUUCAAGCAAUCCUCCUUCCUCCAACCGACCUUCGACUCCGAAUCGUACAUCUCGGAUCUCCGAACCUUCGUCCCCUUCGACACCCUCCGAUCCGAGCUCCAAUCCCAUUCGUCGUCCUUAAAGCACGAGCUCGUCGAGUUAAUUAACCGCGACUACGCCGAUUUCGUCAAUCUCAGCACCAAGCUUGUUGAUGUCGAGGGUGCGAUCGUGCGAAUGCGGGCGCCACUGACGGAGAUCCGCGAGAAGAUCUUGGUGUUCCGGGGGGCGGUGGAGGGCUCGCUUUCGGCGCUGCAGAGCGGAUUGAGGCAGCGGGCGGAGGCAGCGGCCGCGAGGGAGGCUCUCGAGUUGUUGCUCGAUACUUUCCAUGUUGUGUCCAAGGUUGAAAAAUUGAUAAAGGAGUUGCCAAGUGUGCCGACUGAUUGGUCCAAUGGAUAUGUAAAUUCCACAGAAAAGGGUCAUUUAAGCAAUGGAUUUUCCUUACAACACCCUGAAAAUGGAACAAAUCUCAGGGAGACUCAAAGCAUGCUUUUGGAGAGAAUUGCCAGUGAAAUGAAUCGGCUAAAGUUCUACAUUGCUCGUGCACAGAACCUGCCAUUCAUUGAGAAUAUGGAGAAGAGGAUACAGAGUAAUAGUCUGUUAUUGGAUGCAAGCUUGGGGCACUGUUUCGUAGAUGGACUGGAACACAGGGAUGCAAAUGCAAUAUACAAUUGCUUGCGUGCAUAUGCUGCUAUUGAUAACACCAGGAAUGCAGAAGAAAUUUUUCGUUCAACUGUUGUGGCACCAAUGGUACAGAAAAUUAUUCCCCGCAGUUCAUCUGGGGUGGUUGGUGGGGCAUCAGGAGAUGAACUUGAGGAGGACUAUAAACAAAUUAUGCAACAUAUAGAAAAAAACUGUAAAUUUUUAUUGGAAAUUUCAUCUACAGAAAAUUCAGGUCUGCAUGUAUUUAGCUUCCUGGCCAAUUCAAUUCUUAAAGAGGUUCUCUUGGCAAUCCAAAAAGGGAAACCAGGAGCGUUUUCACCUGGAAGACCUACAGAAUUCCUGAAAAAUUACAAAUCAAGCCUAGAUUUCUUGGAUCAUUUAGAAGGCUACUGUCCGUCUAGAUCUGCCGUUGCCAAAUUUAGAUCUGAGUCUGUCUACAUUGAGUUUAUGAAGCAGUGGAAUAUUGGGGUCUAUUUCUCAUUAAGGUUUCAGGAGGUAGCUGGGACCUUAGAUUCUGCACUUCUGGUUGCUGGUCUUGUCCCAGUCCAAAACUCACAUUCUGACCAAGGAGCUUCUCAAGUUUUAACAUUAAAACAAAGUUUCUCUCUUUUGGAGUGCUUGAGAUCCUGCUGGAGAGAUGAUGUUCUUGUCCUCUCUUGCUCUGACAAGUUUCUCCGUUUGUCUUUGCAACUUCUUUCAAGAUACUCAAAUUGGUUGUCAGCUGGUCUGGCUGCUCGCAAAGCUGGUAACACGGGCUCCAACCCUGGAUUUGAAUGGGCUAUUUCUGCUGUCCCAGACGAUCUUGUUUAUAUAAUUAAUGAUCUGAAUGGUCUAGCAGUGGAGAUUUGUGGCGACUACCUUGGACAUGUACUUGAGCUUCUAAAUUCAUGUUCCACCGAAGUACUUGAUCUUGUAAAGCAGAGUAUUUUACAGGGUGGAAAUCUGCUGAAGGAUCUUGUGCCUCUAGUAAUGAAUGCAAUAAUAGAAACACUAGUUGAGAAAUCUGUGGAGGACUUGAGACAACUGAAGGGGAUAACUGCAACAUACAGGAUGACUAAUAAGCCUCUUCCUGUUAGGCAUUCACCAUAUGUGGCAGGGGUAUUGCGUCCCUUGAAGGCUUUUUUGGAUGGCGAGCGAGCUGCCACGUAUUUGACAAGGGAAAUCAGGAAUGAACUCUUACGAGGUGCUGCCUUUGAGAUUACUGGUCGUUAUCAUGAAUUGGCCGCCGACCUCGUUAGUGCGGCUAGGAAAACAGAGUCUGCGCUGCAGAAACUACGUCAGGGUGCACAAAAACGAGGUGGAGCAAGCUCAGAUGUCUCAGACCAUAACGUGUCCAAUACUGAUAAGAUAUGUAUGCAAUUAUUUCUGGAUAUUCAGGAGUAUGGACGCAACCUAUUUUCCCUCGGGGUUGACGCAGCAGAAAUCCCAGCAUACUGUUCCUUGUGGCAGUGCGUCGCUCCUUCAGACAGGCAAAAUACAAUAAAAUUCUAGUUUGGCUGCCAUUUAUUUUGCAGGACCUAAAAGAGAUGCAUUUGGUUGCAUCUUUCGCUGAGUACCAGAGCAUUUGGCUGGCUGCUGUUUAUCUUACGACACGGUAAAAAGUUUUUGGCGGCGAAUAGCACAUAGUUAUACCAUUUCCUUUGCCUGCAAAAUUAUUUGAUUCUAGGUGGGUUGUUAGUUGCGUUUUCACAUAUAUAUAUGCAUUCAUUCCAAUUAUUGUUUAUUUACGUAUUGAAAAUCACAGUUUUUGUACUUUAUAAAUUGGUAGUGCUAUGUGAUGAUAAAGAAAUAAUAAAAGACUCUUCAAACA